CUCUUUCCAUAGGCUUUGACUGGUUCGCGCGCUCACUUUGAGUUUCUUGAGAGACUUGAAAGCAGCAACACUCUGCGAUUUGGAGAGAAGAAAGCGCCAAAACUUUCUUUCUAGCAAUAAACAGCUACUCCGCUACAAACAUGCAUGUGAUUAAAAGAGAUGGGCGCCAUGAGGCAGUUAGUUUUGAUAAAAUCACUUCCCGCAUCCAGAAGCUCUGCUAUGGACUCAACAGUGACUUUGUGGACCCUGCCCAGAUUACAAUGAAGGUGAUCCAGGGUCUGUACAGCGGGGUCACCACUGUGGAGCUGGACACCCUGGCUGCAGAGACCGCUGCCACCCUUACCACCAAACAUCCUGACUAUGCAAUCCUGGCCGCUCGGAUCGCGGUUUCCAACCUGCACAGAGAGACCAAGAAGGUUUUCAGUGAUGUGAUGGAGGACCUGUACAACUACGUCAACCCCUUAAACAAACGUCACUCCCCUAUGAUCUCCAAGGAGACACUCGACAUUGUCCUUGAAAACAAAUCUGUCCUCAACUCAGCCAUCAUUUACGACAGAGACUUCUCCUACAACUUCUUUGGUUUUAAGACUCUUGAGCGUUCCUAUUUGCUGAAGAUCAAUGGCAAAGUUGCAGAGAGACCCCAGCACAUGCUGAUGAGAGUGGCAGUCGGGAUUCAUAAAGAUGACAUUGAUGCAGCUGUUGAAACUUACAACCUGCUUUCAGAGAAGUGGUUCACCCAUGCCUCUCCUACCCUGUUCAACGCAGGCACCAACAGGCCUCAGCUGUCCAGUUGUUUCCUGCUCGCUAUGAGAGACGACAGCAUUGACGGCAUCUACGACACACUGAAGCAGUGCGCGCUGGUUUCCAAAUCAGCAGGAGGCAUUGGCCUGGCUGUCAGCUGCAUCAGAGCAACGGGCAGCUAUAUCGCUGGGACUAAUGGCACUUCUAAUGGGCUUGUUCCAAUGCUGCGUGUAUACAACAACACUGCACGCUACGUGGACCAGGGCGGCAACAAGAGACCAGGGGCCUUUGCGGUGUACCUGGAGCCCUGGCACGCUGACGUGUUUGAGUUUUUGGAGCUGAAGAAGAACACUGGUAAAGAAGAGCAGAGGGCCAGAGACUUGUUCUUCGCCUUGUGGAUUCCAGACCUCUUUAUGAAACGAGUGGAAAGCAACCAGGACUGGUCUCUGAUGUGUCCCAGUGACUGUCCCGGGCUGGAUGAGUGCUGGGGAGAGGAGUUCGAGGAGCUCUACACUCGUUAUGAGAAGGAGGGUAGGGUGAAGCGUGUGGUGAAGGCCCAGCAACUGUGGUACGCCAUCAUUGAGUCGCAGACAGAGACGGGUACUCCCUACAUGCUCUACAAGGACGCCUGCAACAGGAAGACCAACCAGCAAAAUCUGGGCACCAUCAAAUCCAGCAAUCUGUGCACAGAAAUAGUAGAAUAUACAAGUAAAGACGAGGUUGCAGUUUGUAACCUGGCGUCCAUCGCCCUCAACAUGUACGUCACCCCAGAGAGGAGCUUUGAUUUCAAAAAGCUUGCAUCUGUGACCAAAGUGAUCGUCAGGAACCUGAACAAGAUCAUCAAUAUCAACUAUUACCCGGUGCCAGAGGCUGAAAAAUCCAACAAGCGUCACAGGCCAAUAGGAAUUGGUGUGCAGGGUCUGGCCGACGCCUUCAUCCUCAUGCGCUACCCAUUCGAAAGUCCGGAGGCCCAGUUACUCAACAUUCACAUCUUCGAGACCAUCUACUACGCUGCCCUGGAGGCCAGUUGUGAACUGGCAGCAGAAUUCGGACCCUAUGAGACGUACGCUGGCUCUCCUGUCAGCAAGGGAAUCCUUCAGUACGACAUGUGGAAUAAAACCCCCACAGAUCUGUGGGACUGGAAGGCACUGAAGGAAAAAAUUGCCAAGCACGGUGUGAGGAACAGCCUUCUUUUGGCCCCGAUGCCCACAGCUUCCACUGCCCAGAUCCUGGGUAACAAUGAGUCCAUAGAGGCUUACACAAGCAACAUCUACACUCGCAGGGUGCUCUCAGGAGAGUUCCAGAUUGUGAAUCCUCACCUGCUGAAGGAUCUUACAGAAAGAGGACUGUGGAAUGAGGAUAUGAAGAACCAGUUAAUUGCUCACAAUGGCUCCAUCCAGGAAAUUAAAGAAAUCCCAGAUGAUAUUAAGCAGCUGUAUAAAACAGUUUGGGAAAUCUCCCAGAAGACUGUCCUCAAGAUGGCAGCAGAUCGUGGCACUUACAUCGAUCAGAGUCAGUCUCUCAACAUUCACAUCGCUGAGCCCAACUACGGCAAACUCUCCAGCAUGCACUUCUACGGAUGGAAGCUGGGCCUGAAAACAGGCAUGUACUACCUGAGAACGAAGCCCGCCGCCAACCCCAUCCAGUUCACACUAAACAAGGAGAAGCUGAGGGAGAGCCAGUCGGCCAAGAGUGUGGAGGAGGAAGCCAGGGAGCGCAACACAGCAGCCAUGGUCUGCUCCUUAGCAAACAAGGACGAAUGCCUGAUGUGUGGCUCCUAAAGCAGGCAGCGACUCUCUGCAGCUCCGUCCCACCAACGGCUUCAAAAAUCCCAAGUUUACAGUUAUUUUAUGAUUACCAAACAUUUUUAACUAUGAAAUGGUUGUUCUAUUUAUAUGGAGCUAAAUUGGAGCCAAAAAGUUUGUUAGACAUUUUUUCAAAAGUAUUUUUGAAACUGAAAAAUUGUUUUUACAAAAAAGAUUUAGCUAAAAAAAUAUAACUUUCAGUUGUUGUUUUUUUAUUUUCUUUUUCUUUUAUAUUGCUGACCCUCUAAUUAGGGGCAGGCUUUGGAGAACUUUAGGUGUGGAAUGAUGACUGACAACUUAAACAGUCAUCUCAGGUGUUGCAUUCAGGAAUCGUAGUAAAUAGGAAGGUUUUCUUGAAAACAGAAGUUCUAUGUAAAUGUAACUUGUUUUACAAAAUAACAUUUUGUACUUGUAUAAGAUAUUUGAGAGCCUGAUGGAAACGUUGGAACCAUGAUAUUGACAAAGGGACAUUUUCUGUGUUCUUAUAGUGUAGGAAGAGCCAGACUGAUAGAGCAGUGGCAGGACUGCAGCAAAAACCAAUCAUAUAAAUAUAGAAUAUCAAUGAUGUUGAGAAACUUCCUCUAAUAUUUGACAGUUAAUACAUGGGAAGAGGGAUUGAAAGGUUGAUAACCUCAGAGGUUAAAUAUAUUUUCAUGAUCAGUUGGUGGUUGGUAAGGGAGCUAAAACCAGGAAUUGGCUGAAAUGAGAUGUUCCAUCAAUGGAAGAUUGGGUUGAAGUAAUACAUAAUGUUUAUAUGACGGAAAGGCUCACCUUGAGAAUAGAAUCUGAAAAAUUGGGUGUAAUUUAUAUCACCAGUGAGAUCAGAUUUUGUCAUGUGACGAAAUUAAGGUCAACAACCUCUUAAUGCCACAUAUUUAAAGUGUUCUUUUAUUGUUAUUGGGUUUUUUUUCUCUAUCCUUUUAAGAUUGCAUGUGUUUGGACAUGGAUGGACAAACAUAUGUAUGAAUAACGAAGAAGUGAAGAAAGGAAUAGCGAAUAAAAAAAAAGAUUUUAAGAUUACCAAAUGUAUUGUUAUCAUCUAGCUUAUGGAUGGAUUGUAGUGAACUUAGUUUGGCUAAAUUUGUUGAAUAUUUGAGAAAUGGUUUAGAUGGAUGUAAAAGUUUCCAAAUGCACUCAAUCAAAAAAAUAUUGAUGAUGUAGUAAAAACAUUUCUGUUUUCCACGGUUCCUGAAUGCAACAGCUAUGAAAAUUAUUCCUAGGUAUUACACUGGUUUAUUCCAAACCCCAUGUCAUAUAUGGUGCGCCCACACAGAGGACAUCAGUUUGAAACUGAAAGGUAAAAUAUUUGUUUGAAAAGUAUUUUCAGACUUGUCCGUUCAAGUCUAUUGUACUGUUUUGUUUUUUUUGUUUGUUUUUUUUCGGCUUCAAAAGAAAAGUUUUUGAAAAAACUUCAUGGCUCCAAUUUAGCUCAAUUUCACAUUGUACAGAAUGAAAUAUUGGAUGAAUUUUUUUGUACUUAAUGUUAUCAUUGCAGUGUUUUUUUACAUUUUUUUAUUUUAAUUAAAUCCAUUCUACGGCAUUAAAAGUACUAGAGCAGCUUCCAUAUUUAUCAGCAACCCUAAAGAGAUGCAUUAAAAGCUUGGUUGAUAGUUUAUUGCUGUAGUAUAAUUCUUAUAACGUAAAUGGAAAAAUCCAACCUUUAGUUGGAGUUAAUUAUUUAUUGAGUGACUCUUUAAAAUGGAAAAGAUGGGAGAACAUGUUCUGUCAGUAAGACAUAUGAU